GAAAGUAUACCUGUACCGUAUUCGUUAAUCGAGCAAUAUGUCUGGUCGUGGCAAGGGUGGCAAAGUCAAGGGAAAGGCGAAGUCUCGUUCCAAUAGGGCGGGAUUGCAGUUCCCCGUGGGUCGUAUCCAUCGUUUGCUGAGAAAAGGAAAUUAUGCUGAACGUGUCGGCGCUGGUGCACCGGUCUACCUGGCUGCAGUAAUGGAAUAUCUGGCCGCUGAAGUUUUGGAGUUGGCUGGUAAUGCCGCUCGUGAUAACAAGAAGACUAGGAUCAUCCCUCGUCACCUGCAACUCGCCAUCCGCAAUGACGAGGAGUUGAACAAACUGUUGUCCGGUGUGACCAUUGCUCAAGGCGGUGUUUUGCCGAACAUCCAAGCCGUAUUGCUACCCAAGAAGACCGAGAAGAAGGCAUAAUCGUAAUCUGGCAUCUGAUACAAAUGGCCCUUUUCAGGGCCACAAAAUUUUUUUAACGAAGACAUACUCUGUUCAGCAUUAUAAUAUCUCACUGUUUCUAAUGUUUAUACCAUUUUUCCUAUUCACAUUUAGCAGUAGGUUAUUAAAUUCGAUGAACUACA